CCCUGGGAUUAAAGACUCCUGCACUCUCUCCUUAACCGUACAAAGGAAUAGCUUCCCCACCAUUUCUGCCCGCAUGUCCUAUCCCACCACCAGUUAGCUGAAGGGUGCCAUCCAGGGCGGAAAAUACCAAGAAAAUGGCAGGAACUCUAACCCCGGAGCAGAUCACCGAAUACAAAGGCAUCUUUGAGAUGUUUGAUGAAGAGGGGAACGGCUUGGUGAAGACGGACGACUUGGAAAGCCUGAUGAGUUUGAUCGGCAUCAACCCCACCAAGCGAGACCUCGCCAACAUGGCCAAGGAUGUCGACAAAGACAAAAAAGGCACCUUCAACUGCGAUGGCUUUCUGGUGUUGAUGGGCAUUUACCACGAGAAAUCCAAAAACCAGGACGAGGAACUCCGAGCCGCCUUUAAAGUCUUCGACAAAGAACACAAGGGCUACAUUGAGUGGGACACGCUCAAAUACGUAUUGAUGAACGCCGGAGAACCGCUGAACGAACACGAAGCUGAACUCAUGAUGAAGGAAGCCGACAAGGACGGAGAUGGGACCAUCGACUACGAAGAAUUUGUGGCCAUGAUGACGGGCGAAUCCUUCAAACUGACUCAGUAAGACCUCCGAGAAACUUUUCGGCUUCAUCUCCCCUAUCUUGCUUUCUCUUUCUCCGGCGAUACCAAGAAGGGGGUAAGAGACCGUGGCAGAACCUGGACAGCAAAUAACAACACGUAAAGUCACAGCCCUGGUCCGCAGCAAGAGUCUUUUGUCAGGAUUCCAGCAAUCGCCCUAAUUAAAUCACGAUUCUCGAGCCAAACU